UAUUCUCGGACUCUUAACAAAGCAGUCGUUCCUCUAACGUGCGCCGGGAAAACCAUUUCCCUUGUUAUCGUGCGCCUUCGUUUUUUUUGUUUGCUAACCUGCGCCCCAUCUCCAUGGGCUUACUCGACCAUCUCUGGGAUGACACCGUCGCUGGUCCGCGGCCGGAGAACGGCCUCGGAAAGCUUCGGAAGCAUCACACCUUUAGUUUCCGGCCAAGCUCCGGCAAUGAUCAAUCGGAGGGUGGGAGUGUGAGAUCGUACGGUGAGGACUCGCCGGAGGAGGCGGUGAAAGUCACGCGCAGCAUCAUGAUAGUGAAGCCGCCGGGAUACCAGGGGGGUUCAGCUCCGGUUUCGCCGGCCGGCUCUACACCUCCGGUUUCUCCUUUCUCUGAUGGUGGAGCGGAGGAAAUGCAGGAGGGGGGAAGGAACCCUUUCGGUUCAGAAGGAGGUCGACCUCGGACGCAUUCGAGAAGGCAAACGACGAGGCUGGACGACCAAGGAGCUCUGCUCCUCCUUACGGCGUGUGACAUCUAAGCUAAAAAAACUCUACGCCACCCCCCGUGACAAACAAAUGGUAAACUUGUCAUUUCACCACGUCCCCCCACCCCCCAUGCAAGCUUUUUUUUUUUUUGAGGAAAAAAGAGAGAGACAGGCGUCUACUUGUGAUAUCUUGCGGUGGGUCUGUCUUGGUUGCUGUGUUUGGUGGUUUUGGUUUUGUGUGUUAUGGUGCUUGCUUCUCCUGUCUUUUAUGUUUGAUGCUAUAAAGAUGUAAUCUUUCUCUUAGGGUUUUGGUUAAUGUAAUGUGUAUGUGUAUGUGUAUGUAUGUACAUACGUAUAUGUAAAUUUUGCCUCAAUAAAUUCAACUUUUUUUUU